AUGGUACAUGGUGAUGUGUCAUCCAUUCAGUUCAUCCUCGCAAGUCCGCAAGACAACGAUUCUCUCUCUCUCUCUUCUCUCCGAGAACACUCAUCUCCUCCCCUAUUUUUGUCCCAGUCUAGUUCAAAGUUCAAACAAUCUAGGGUUUCCUUUUACUCCCCCAAGACUUUACCAUCCAAACCCCUUUUCUCAAAUCCACCCAUCUCUCCUUUAAAAGUCCUCACUUUUGUUUCACCUCUUUUCCCCUCACAUUUUCCCCUCAAAUCUCUGUGUCUGGAAAUCCCACAAGUUCCAGCUCCACAACUACUUUCAUGGCCAAGACCAAACCUGGGAAGAAGGACCUUGACUCCUACAACAUCAAGGGCACCAACAAAGCCGUCCGGGUUGGGGAUUGUGUGUUGAUGAGACCAUCGGACACUGAUAAGCCUCCAUACGUGGCACGAGUGGAGAAGCUUGAAGCUGACCACCGGAACAAUGUGAAGGUCCGGGUUCGGUGGUAUUACCGGCCGGAGGAGUCAAUAGGAGGAAGGAGACAGUUCCAUGGAGCCAAGGAGCUGUUUCUGUCAGACCAUUUUGAUGUGCAGAGUGCACACACUAUCGAAGGGAAGUGUACAGUCCACUCCUUCAAGAACUACACUAAGCUCGAGAAUGUGGGAGCUGAAGACUAUUUUUGUAGGUUUGAGUAUAAGGCUGCCACUGGAGGGUUCACACCGGACCGUGUGGCUGUGUAUUGUAAAUGUGAGAUGCCAUACAAUCCGGACGACCUUAUGGUGCAGUGUGAGGGAUGCAAGGACUGGUUUCAUCCCUCUUGUAUGGGUAUGUCCAUUGAAGAUGCCAAAAAGUUGGAACACUUUCUCUGUUCUGACUGUUCAUCUGAUGAUGAUGCCAAAAGAUCAAUGAAUGCAUUCCCCAUGUCUCCCUCUGUUGAGACUAAGGUGGAGCCAAAGCGCCGGAAGAGAUGACCUUGUGAUCGGAAUGCUUUGCAAGGAGGUAUUCAAAUUCUUUGGCAUUACCUCCAGUGUUGUGUGUUGUGGAAAUGUAUAGUGCAGGAAAGAUACUGUGCUUGCACAAUCCAGAGGCAUUUUUAGAUUACCACUGUUUGUAUGAGUGUGUUAGACCUAGGCGAUGACUUAGUGAUCUGUGUUGUCCUUGCAAAAAAUUAAAAUCAUAUUUAAUCACAGAACACAUGAGAACACAUCAAACCAAACAUUUAGGGGGAACCUUGUAUUUGUUGUGAUGAUUUUAUUGCUGGCAUUACUAGUAUGCAUG